AAUUCAUUAUUUUUUUAAUUCGAUUUUCAGCAUUUAAUUUUUAUUUCUGAUGCGACGAGUUUCGACCGAUCCGGUCGCCGAUCGUUUAUUAUAGUUUGCUUCAAAAUCGAGAUCGACCUGAUCGAUUAUUUACAACCGACUAUUCCUGGAUCCCCUACAGCAGCCUGGGCCGUCCGAUGACGACGAUGACAUAAAACGUAAAUCAUUGAUAGCGAUAAAUGCAUCGUCGACACGCAUAUGCCGCGCAUCUGUAUAAUGUGGCUUCCAGACGCGCGCGAGAACCGCGCUCGUUCGUAACGGCUCGUAAAUCUCUUCGUAAACACAAUACUGUCGAACGGAAGUUCACAGUAUCUAUUCAAGGUGUUGCACGAUCAUUGCCGUAUUUAAUUGUAAGCAGUGAAAGGAUACCGAUGCGAGAGAAUGACGGCCGAAUCCCACGUCUUCCGACGGCGGGAUGUCCUCGACCUCGAGAUGACGCGUUCCUAACCUCCAACAUGGCGCGAAUACAGUUUUAUGCGAUUUAACAGGAAAUUCUCUAUUCUCCCGUUUCGACCAAUCUUGACUAAUCCGAUAAAGAACAAGGUGGGCAUCGUAAAACGAAACUGGUCCGCACGGUGCAUCUCGCGCGUCGUUUGUGCCGUCUGAAAUUCAUGUUUGACAGCUAUUUGACAGCUAUGGAGGACCGGAUCCACUCGGAGUUGAUUAUGAAGGAGGAGCAGGACGAGGACGAGAUCAAGGAAGGCCGGUGCUCGGCCGAGAGCGAGAAGAGCGUCACCCCCGACGGGUCGGCGAUCGGGAUACGGCCGAAGCCGCUGAUCUGCAAGCCGGAGACCGUCAGCAUCGGCUGCAAGUCCGAGCCGAUCGAGACGAAGUGGCACUGGGCACCGGGAGCGUGGCAAGACGCGACCAGAACCAGCGCGUUUCAACCGUACAAGCCACCCACUCUGCUCACAAAUUUGCAAAGAGGCAACACUCAGACGCAGAUACACCAGCUCUACGUUGAUAACGAUAUCACAUUUCAUACCUUGGCGGGUCAAGGGGAACUUACGUCCGAUCAUAUACAUUCAAAUUCAGUGGAUAUGACCGAUGAACAGGGUUUAACAGGAUUGAUGUGGGCCAGUGCUUACGGGCAAUUGGGUAGCGCCAGGCAAUUACUCAAAAGGGGCGCCAGUAUAAAUCGUUGUGGACCAAAAUUACAGACCAGUUUACACUUGGCGGCCGCCUACGGUCAUCACGACGUUGUCAAAUUAUUGUUGAAUCAUGGGGCUGAUCCUAACGCAUGCGACGAGGAUGGUAACACUCCGUUGAUUUACGGAGCACACUGCGAUCAUCCACACGUGUGCUAUGAAUUGUUAACAAAAGGUGCGGAUGUAACGCUUACUAAUUCUUCGAAUAUAAGUGCUUAUAAAGCAGCGAUUGUGAAUAAUUCAAUGAAUGCUAAAGCAGUUAUUGAAAAUCAUUUGAUACCACAAAUUAUAAAUAUGCCAACAGAUGAAUUAUAACGAUAUUUGUACAUUAAAUUGUAAUAUUUGUAUAUUAUACACAUUUUUACAAAUUGUAAAUAAACAUUAAGAAACAGCAAUAUUUUCAUCCUUUAACUAUAAGAAC